GUCCAGCAGGAGCCCUGGGAGGCUGAGCUUGGGCCUCAGCAGCAUUCUUGGGUCGGAGCAGCCCUCGGGGCAGCCACAAGGGCCGCAGCCAUGAACGGAACAGAGGGCCCCAACUUCUACGUGCCCUACUCCAACGCCACGGGCGUGGUGCGCAGUCCCUUUGAGUACCCGCAAUACUACCUGGCCGAGCCGUGGCAGUUCUCCAUGCUGGCCGCCUACAUGUUCAUGCUCAUCGUGCUUGGCUUUCCCAUCAACUUCCUCACACUCUACGUGACCAUCCAGCACAAGAAGCUGCGCACGCCCCUCAACUACAUCCUGCUCAACCUGGCCGUGGCCGACCUCUUCAUGGUCUUCGGUGGCUUCACCACCACCCUGUACACCUCUCUGCAUGGAUACUUCGUCUUCGGGCCCACAGGAUGCAAUCUGGAGGGCUUCUUCGCCACCCUGGGCGGUGAAAUUGCCCUGUGGUCCCUGGUGGUCCUGGCCAUCGAGCGGUACGUGGUGGUGUGUAAGCCCAUGAGCAACUUCCGCUUCGGGGAGAACCAUGCCAUCAUGGGCCUCAUCUUCACCUGGAUCAUGGCACUGGCCUGCGCCGCACCUCCCCUGGUCGGCUGGUCCAGGUACAUCCCCGAGGGCAUGCAGUGCUCGUGUGGGAUCGACUACUACACGCUCAAGCCAGAGGUCAACAACGAGUCCUUCGUCAUCUACAUGUUCGCGGUCCACUUCUUCAUCCCCUUGACUGUCAUCUUUUUUUGCUAUGGGCAGCUUGUCUUCACUGUCAAAGAGGCAGCCGCCCAGCAACAGGAGUCGGCCACCACACAGAAGGCCGAGAAAGAAGUCACUCGUAUGGUCAUCAUCAUGGUCAUCGCCUUCCUGAUCUGCUGGCUGCCCUACGCAGGGGUGGCAUUCUACAUCUUCACCCACCAGGGCUCCAACUUCGGUCCCAUUUUCAUGACCCUCCCGGCAUUCUUUGCCAAGACGUCCUCCAUCUACAACCCUGUCAUCUAUAUCGUGAUGAAUAAGCAGUUCCGGAACUGCAUGGUCACCACCAUCUGCUGUGGCAAGAACCCACUGGGUGACGAUGAGGCCUCCACCACAGCUUCCAAGACGGAGACCAGCCAGGUGGCCCCGGCCUAAGCCCUGCCAAGGACUCUAUGGCCGGC